AUGUCGUCCACUACUGAGUUGUCAGCUACUAAGCACUUCAACAAAACUGCAGACAAGUAUGAAGCCAACACUGGCGGAGCUACCCGUGAGCUUGCCCAACAUGCCAUCAACUUCAUGUCGGACGUAAAGCCUCUGACGUCUGAGUCCAAGAUCCUCGACAACGCAUGCGGUACUGGCAUCGUCACUGAUAUUAUUCUUCAAUCCGGGAUCCAGCCUGAGAUUCACGCUGUAGACAUUGCAGAGAACAUGGUCAGCAUUGCUAGAGGUCGGUUCUCUUCUCAACCCAACGUCCACGCGGCUGUCAUGGGCGGCGAGGAACUCUCUUUUCCUGAUGACACCUUCACACACUCCAUUACGAGCCUGGGCAUUAUGUACUUCGCCAACCCUGAAAAAGGCGCCCGAGAGAUAGCGCACACACUUCACCCUGAUGGAGUGGCCGUUGUGACCGGUUGGACGAUGAUGGGGCAUAUUAAGAUCAUUCAGGAGGUCCAGGCCCAGAUCCGACCGGACGAUACACCGUUUAGGCCGCCUGUCUCCGAUAUCUGGCUUGACGCCGAGCACACCAAGGCCGUACUUUCAGGUGCCGGGCUCGACGUGCUUACCAGCACUACAGUCGAUGUACAUCUAGGCGGCAAGACGGCCGAUGAAGUCGCUGAUCUUCUAACCCACGGGUUCGGCGCGAAGGUGUUUGGGUCUUGGAGCGAGGAGGAGAAGGAGAAGGGCGCUGAGAUGAUGAAGAAGAUUGUUCGGGAGAGGGCUGUUCCACUUACCAGACCCUCAAGCUCUGGAGUUGGUAUCAAGGCGACAGGAUCCAUCUUUGUUGCACGUAAAGAAUCUGGCCGCGGAUCAGAUUCAUGA